AUGAUUCUGGGUCCUUUCCACGCUGUAUUAACAUUUACCGGACUCUAUCUAUCUAUCUAUCUAUCUAUCUAUCUAUCUAUCUAUCUAUCUAUCUAUCUAUCUAUUUUUUUUAUGAGGCAAGUUUUACGUUGCCAAACCAAUAUUCUUACUUUUUUCAAUUUCUAUCUAUCUAUCUAUCUAUCUAUCUAUCUAUCUAUCUAUCUAUUACUCUUUUCUAAUCUAUCUAUCUAUCACUCUUUUCCAGUCUAUCUAUCACUCUUUUCUAAUCUAUCUAUCUAUCUAUCUAUCUAUCUAUCUAUCUAUCUAUCUAUCUAUUACUCUUUUCUAAUCUAUCUAUCUAUCUAUCUAUCUAUCUAUCUAUCUAUCUAUUACUCUUUUCUAAUCUAUCUAUCUAUCACUCUUUUCCAGUCUAUCUAUCACUCUUUUCUAAUCUAUCUAUCUAUCUAUCUAUCUAUCUAUCUAUCUAUCUUUUCCAAUCUAUCUAUCUAUCUAUCUAUCUAUCUAUCUAUCUAUCUAUCUAUCUAUUACUCUUUUCUAAUCUAUCUAUCUAUCACUCUUUUCCAAUCUAUCUAUCACUCUUUUCUAAUCUAUCUAUCUAUCUAUCUAUCUAUCUAUCUAUCUAUCUAUCUAUCUAUUACUCUUUUCUAA